CCGACAGAGUGAGUUGUAUAGCUAGGCUUAGCUAUUUCUUACCUCUUGGCAUGGCCAUUCAAAUGUCUUCUUUUGUCUUUGUUUCUCUUACAAUUUUAUUUUGCUUCUCUUCCUUGGAGAAGAGUUUUGCCUUUCAAACAACAAAGGAGGACACAGAAAGCAACAAUCUUCAUCAAUAUACUCAUCUUGUUCACCUCAGCUCACUCCUUCCUUCAUCUUCCUGCAGCUCUUCUGCCAAAGGUCCCAAAAGAAAAGCAUCAUUAGAAGUGGUACACAAACAUGGGCCAUGCUCCCAACUGAAUAAUCAUGAUGGCAAAGCAAAGUCUACAACACCACACAGUGAGAUUCUGAACCAAGACAAAGAAAGGGUUAAGUACAUUAACUCAAGGAUCUCAAAGAACUUGGGCCAAGAUAGUAGUGUGAGUGAAUUGGACUCAGUUACACUACCAGCCAAGUCUGGUAGCCUUAUUGGGUCUGGGAAUUACUUUGUGGUUGUUGGUCUUGGAACACCCAAGAGGGACUUGUCACUCAUCUUUGACACUGGCAGUGAUCUCACUUGGACUCAGUGUGAACCAUGUGCUCGUUCUUGCUACAAGCAACAAGAUGCUAUCUUUGAUCCAUCAAAGUCUACAUCAUAUUCCAAUAUUACAUGCACAUCUACGCUUUGCACCCAGCUCUCUACUGCUACAGGGAAUGAGCCGGGAUGUUCAGCCUCCACAAAAGCAUGCAUAUACGGCAUCCAGUACGGUGACAGUUCGUUCUCCGUUGGCUACUUCAGCCGCGAGCGGCUCUCCGUGACCGCCACCGACAUCGUCGACAACUUCCUCUUCGGUUGCGGCCAAAACAACCAGGGCCUCUUUGGUGGCUCCGCCGGCCUCAUCGGCCUCGGCCGCCACCCCAUCUCCUUCGUCCAACAAACCGCCGCCGUAUAUCGUAAAAUCUUUUCCUACUGCCUCCCCGCCACCUCCAGCUCCACCGGCCGCCUCUCCUUCGGCACCACCACCACUUCCUACGUCAAGUACACCCCCUUCUCCACCAUCUCCCGCGGCUCCUCCUUCUACGGCCUCGACAUCACCGGCAUCUCCGUGGGCGGCGCCAAACUCCCAGUCUCCUCCUCCACCUUCUCCACCGGCGGUGCAAUCAUCGACUCCGGCACCGUGAUCACCCGCCUCCCCCCCACCGCCUACACCGCCCUCCGCUCCGCCUUCAGGCAAGGCAUGUCCAAAUACCCCUCCGCCGGGGAACUCUCCAUACUCGACACGUGUUAUGAUCUCAGCGGCUACGAGGUCUUUUCUAUUCCCAAGAUAGAUUUUUCCUUCGCCGGCGGCGUCACGGUGCAGCUUCCGCCGCAAGGGAUACUCUACGUGGCCAGUGCCAAGCAAGUUUGCUUGGCUUUUGCUGCAAAUGGUGACGAUAGUGAUGUUACUAUAUAUGGGAACGUGCAGCAGAAAACAAUAGAGGUUGUGUAUGAUGUUGGUGGUGGAAGAAUUGGGUUUGGUGCUGGUGGCUGCAAGUGAUUAAGAUUAAACAUAUGCUUUGGGCUAGUUAGAGAAAAAUCAAUCUUAAUUGGCUCUAGGCUUUCAUAAUUAUUGUUGUUCCUUUUAUUGCAAAGUGUACGUAACAGUGGCAAUAGAAAAAAAAGGAAAACAAAAAUGUGGGAAUUAAAUAUAAUAUAAUUUGUAGCAUGAAGAAGAAUGGAGGGGUGAAUAUAUGACUCUCAAGCCGUGCGAUUGCUUGCAAUUGUACAUAUGUAAGGUGGAAAAAAAAAUGUAAACUUGUCCUUGUUAUUAAUUAAAUGUUUGUUGAAUAAAGCGAAAUUAAAGGUCUUGCUUUGGGUUAUU